AGUUCGUCCGGACCUCGCGCACCAAACGAUCCGAGAGAUCGCGCUCGCGUCGCUUUUGGCCCGUUCGACUCCAAGCCGCGGGCAGAGCUCUCAGUUGACGCUCAGUUCGGCUCAGCGAGGCCAGCGAGAAGAAAGGGGGUUAUUCCAUAUGUGUGAGCGUAUCGUGCGUGUGUGUAUCGACGCACGAUCCUCCGGAUCCGGAGGCGUUGCUACCUGCUGAAGAUCCUCGGCCGUAUUAAACUUGUUACGCGAGGGGUGGCUCUACCCGACUGACGACCGAGGACGACACGUACGCGGGAGAGAUAAAAGGAUCCCGGUCCGAUCAGAGAUACGCUCUCUCUCCUUAGACUCUCUCUCUCUCUCUCGGCUCCGGAUGCUCGUUAUCCGCAUCGUUGCAGUUCGUGAGAGUUUCGUGAUCGGAUAGAUAAUCGUACAGACGUAUGUCGAUCGCGAGCAGGCGGGACGUUCGAUGAGCCGCGCUCGCGGAAACCUCUCGCGAUGAAGACGACGACGUUCGUAGGUGACAGAGACGGAACGACGUGUCGCUCGUGUACGAUCGGUCGCGGGACGAUCGUAACGCAUACGAUCGCGCAGUGAGUCGAUAGAUCGACGAUUGCCAAGUGUGUCCGGUGCUGAUUUUUCUUUCCCUCGAGUCUCUCGUGCGCGCCAGUUUCGAUCAGUCGUCCUGAUAAAGAGCGCGCUCCAAACUCUCGCGACCGAUGCCUUCCUCGUAAUAAUCGCGCUGUGUCAUUUUGUUUUUCUCUCCAUGCUCGUCACUCGUCAUCGUUGGACCGGACGACGUCAUCCGCGCUAACCGCGCCGCAUCGCACGUGGCUCGCUCGUCGACGCGGUCCUGGUGGAUCGGGACGAUCGUCGUUGCCGCGCGUGGAUCCUUUGUCGGCGCUGCCUCUUGGCUUCUCCGUCCCGCGUUUACCCCUCCACCUGUCUGCUGCGGCGCUCCGAACCCUCUCCCCCGCCGUCAUCCCCUCGUCGAGGACUACGCGAUUUUCCCUAUCCCCACCCGCCACCGUCCGCUCCUCGCGCUCCUCCGCUGCCUUCCUGCGUGUGCACGCGCUUUCUUUAUUUACUCCGGGAAUUCACGGACCAACACGCCGGCCACGAUGAGCGCUCCGUUUCUCGCCGCGCGGUGAACCCGCCGUGCUCCUGGUGGGUGCUUGGAAACAUCGAAACCAUCGAUCGACCGCGCGAUGAUCGCGCGAUCGGCCUGAACCUGUGCACCGCGGAAUCGCCGGGACCAUCGUCAUCUCUUCGCCGAUCCACGCCGGUCCACGCCGAUCUACAUCGGCGUAAAUAUCGUUGUACCACCGCCAAUAAACCGUCAUCAUCUGCACCAUCGCCGAUCACGUGGCUUGCUCGACGGCGACGCUGUACGAUAAUGUUCACGCCGCGCCGCUAUGUGGCUCCGGCGUGGGCCACCCUGGCUCCGUCACCCCGAUGGGAGCAGCAACCGGAGCGGGGAAUUCCACCGGGGUGACCUGGUGGGCCAUGAUGAACGGUUCCCUCUACGAGGACAGCCCGCCGCCAGUUCCACCGACAGCCUCGAGCCUCGUAUCGAUUCAACACCAGACGAGCACGACGCCGGGCGCUCAUCAGCAAGCGACCACGCCAACGUCACCCGGGGCACCGGCAUCAUCGGCAACGACAGCGCCCCCCGCGCCUACAGCGAGCGCCAGUUCAACCUCGCCGAGCGCUUCCUCGGUAGCGAGCAACAGCGCGGCCGGGCCGCUUCACAUCCCCGCCAAGAGAUUAACGGCGACCCCGGGGGGCGCCGGGUCCACCUACGGCGAGGUUGCCUGCGUAGAGUCCACGGGCGCUCCGGGAGGCGCGGGGGCGGCGGGUGUCAUCCGGCACUCGCACUCGUCUUCGGCGGGCUCUCAGGCCGGCUGGAGCUACAGCCCGCACCAUCCCCAGGACUCCCACUACUCGUCCACGACGGGCGGCGGCGAAUCCCUGAACCAUCAUCAGGCCUACGGGGGGAACAAUCCCCCCACGUAUUACAAUCUGGCGGCCGAUCCCACCUCGAGUUCCGGUUCCUCCAGGGACAACCGGAAGGUCGGGGCCACCCUUAGCUUCUGGUCGCCGGCCACUGCCGGCUCGGCCGGCACCGCCGGCUCUACCUCGGAUUACAAGUCGUACAACUCGGCCGGCGCGGCAACCACGACGUCGUCCACCGGCGGUGGUGGCUCCACCCCCGGCGCCGCCGACCCGGCCGUCUCCUCCUGCCAUCAGAGCUUCUCCCAGAGCUGGUGCAAUUACGCGCCUUACACGACGGCGAGGCAUCACCAUCCCGUGGACACGGCCGGACAUCAUCAUCCUCACUCGCAGGCGGGGGUCCCCUAUCUGGCGCCGUCCGCGGCGGACGACCGCGGGAGGGUCGCCGCCGCUAUGGUCGCCGCGGAAGGUGCCUUUCCCCACGACGGAUACGGCGGUCUGAGAAACUACGGAGCGCCCGAGCCCGUUACCUCGAGCCCCUACCCACCUCCAGUGAUGUGGGGUUCCUCCCCAUCUUCCUUGUUUCCCGCAGGUUCGCUUGCGGGGGUAGGCGUCGGGGUCGGCGUAGCCGGGAUGGGCGUCGGAUGCGGCAGCUCCAAUCCCCUGGAGUGGACGGGCCAGGUGACGGUGCGGAAGAAACGCAAGCCCUACUCGAAAUUCCAAACUCUCGAGCUGGAGAAGGAGUUCCUCUUCAACGCUUACGUAUCGAAGCAGAAGCGGUGGGAGCUCGCGCGGAAUCUGAACCUGACGGAGCGUCAAGUGAAGAUCUGGUUUCAAAACCGCCGGAUGAAGAACAAGAAGAACAGCCAGCGGCAGACCCAGCAGCAGAAUAACAACAACAACAACAACAGCAGCAGCGCCAACAACGCGAACCACCACGCGGCGACCGGCAGUCACCACCAUCCGAGCACCGCGCACGCACCACCCUCGAGUCACCACGUGGUCGCGCAGGCGCAUCACGCGAACGGCUCCACGAAGCAUCAUCAGUGACCCGUGGCCUUCUCUGGGGUCGUCUUCGGGCACCAUCAUCACAGCCACACCUCGUCCAGCAGCGGUGGCAGCCACGGGGGCAGCCAUAGCAGCCUGGUAGCAGGUCACAGCAGCCAUAGCCUCCACGCGCCGCAGCCGCAGACGCCGUUGCCGCCGAUUCACGUGUCGUCGUCGGGCAACGUGACGCCUGCCACGGCCGUAGUCCAUCCACACACACACGCGCACGCACACACCGCCGGCCACCAUCAUCAGCUGGCGCACGUGGCCCAACAGUAUCCCGCGCUCCUACAUCAGACGCCUCACGGCUUGGCCGCCUGAAUGCACCGGACGCUCCAGAGAAAGACGCCGAGGGAAAACGUCGCCGAGGCGAUCCCUGCGAAACUGUCGAUCGAUAUCCACGUCCACGGGAACGACAAAAAAUCCUCAUGGACUCUGUCGAGCAGCCGUUCAAAGACUGCCUCCACUAAGGAAAGAUAAAGCUCGCGCGUAGUAUAUUAUAUAUUAUUAAUUAUUAAUUAUUAUUAAUUAUAUUAUUAUUAUUAUUAUUAAUAUUAUUAUUAUUAUUAUUCAACAAGCGAAGAUCUUUCGCUAUUGUAUAGAAAAGGCGCCGCUAUUUCAAGCGGCCCGAAGACUCUUUUCGAGUGUCGGUGUCGGAUACUUUUACGAGUAAUACGCGUCAUCGGGCGACACCAAGCAAUCUGUCCAAUUCGUAAUUCGGUAGUAUUUUCUCCAGUUAUAUAUACAUAUAUACAUAAAGUAAAGAGGUAAUUAAUGUCACUUAGUGUACCCCUACUUCUCCCACCGUGUCCCCCUCCCGACAAACUCUCCAAAGUCCCCUCUCUUCCCCCGCUCCGCAUCGUGUAUUUUACCUCGUCUUGCAUUGUCCGGGUCGAAUAUCGGAACGCGUAUCGUUGCAGUUACGUCCGGGAUCGAUUCAAACAUCAUUGAUUUUGCAGUUAGGGCUGGAUGGUCCAUCGAGAAUCGCAGAUUAUAAAUGGAUGGGUCGCUUUCAGGGGUAAGUGGACUCACUGAUCUCGCGUAAGUGCAUGUGCAUUGUUUCUUUAACUUAAGUUUUCACUUCGAUGUGGAUUAUCGCGUUAAAU